AAGCGCAGGUCGGUCAGAGGAUUUCCGAGCGGCGUUCGGAGGAUUUCGGCUCUGCUGCUUCAUCUUCACCUCCGCCCCCCCCUCGAACCUCGAGGAUUCCUCCGCGAGCCGACAGUCGAAGCUGCGCGAACCGAGCCCGCGCGCCGUCAUGGACUUCAACGUCAAGAAGCUGGCCUCAGACGCGGGGGUGUUCUUCACGCGCGCCGUCCAGUUCACAGAGGAGAAGCUGGGCCAGGCGGAGAAGACGGAGCUGGACCCUCAUCUAGAAAACCUGAUAACCAGAGCAGACAGCACCAAGAACUGGACAGAGAAGAUCCUGAGACAGACUGAAGUUCUCCUGCAGCCCAACCCCAUCGACCACACAGGCGCUCGAAUCGAGGAGUUCAUCUACGACAAACUGGACAAGAAGCUGCCGUCCCGGAUGACCACCGCCGAGCUGCUGGGUCAGUACAUGCUGGACGCCGCCAAGGAGUUCGGAGCAGACUCUCCGUACGGCAGCACCUUGAUCACCGUUGGGGAGUACCAGAAGAGGCUGGGGGGUGCCGAGCGAGAGUUCCUGCAGACCUCAGCGGCCGCAUUCCUCUCUCCUCUACGCAACUUCCUGGAAGGAGACUGGAGGACCAUCUCCAAAGAGAAGCGGCUUCUGGAGAACCGACGGCUGGAUCUGGACAUCUGCAAGGCUCGCUUGAAGAAGGCCAAGCAUGCCGAGGCCAAAGCUGCGGCAGCCCCAGACUUUCAGGAGACCAGGCCUCGAAAUUACGUCCUUUCUGCCAGCGCCUCGGCGCUGCUCAGCGAGGAAGUGGACAAAGCGGAGCACGAACUCCGGGUGGCUCAGACGGAGUUCGACCGGCAGGCGGAGGUGACCCGGCUGCUGCUGGAGGGCAUCAGCAGCACGCACCUCAACCAUCUGCGCUGCCUGCAGGACUUUGCAGAAGCUCAGACCACAUACUUCUCUCAGUGUCAUCACCACAUGCAGGAGCUUCAGCGGGAGCUCCACAGAUGUGCCAACGCUGUUGGCGCCCCCCACUCGUCUGCUGCUAGCUCCAACCCCGCCUUUCCGUCCGAUCAUUCGUCUCCUGGAGCCAGCUUCUCCGCGUGCGAUCCAAAGCCCGGACCGCUGUCGAUGGAGCCGCCGGCCACCGGCACCCGAAAGGCGAAAGUCCUGUACGACUACGACGCCCACGAUGCCAGCGAGCUUUCCCUCCUGGCUGACGAGCUUAUCACCGUCUACACCGUCCCAGGAAUGGACCCCGACUGGUUGGUUGGAGAAAGAGGGAACGAGAAGGGCAAAGUCCCGGUCACUUACCUGGAGCUGCUGAGCUAAUGACCCCCCACCCCCAAGCGCCCACACACACAUGCACACCCCUGUACACACACAGAGAUCACCGUGAUCACUGAUUACCAGGAACGUUUCCUCAGACGUGGAGAGCCGCUGCUAACUGACACCGUGGGCAGAACUGUCGUUGCAGAUCCCCUCGUGGUCCACAGUCGGACCGUUUUGGGAUCGUUUACGACACAAUAUUCCAAAAUCUUAUCAGCGCCUGAUGGUUGUUUCUUUGUUCACAUGAUGACCAAACAAACCCGUCCGCUCCUGCAGCUCAUCAGAUCCCGAUUAGCUCAUGAAAAACGUUGAGGACUCUUCACCCGUGUGCUCCGGGGAACAGUGACUGCAGAAGCUGUUCUGUGCAUGUGUGUGUCCACGUGUGACCUUCCGUUUGUUUAGCGUGUCGUGCUUCUCUGUUGCGCACAUGUUGUUGUGUUUUGAUUUUUUUUUUUUUGACUUGAAAUGAGCCGAACUCGCCGUCCUCGUUCCAGUUUCUGCACAGCCGUGGUUUGAUGUGGAGCCAACAUGCAUGUGUGUUUCUCUGUAACUGUCUUUAAUAAACACAUACAGCUGUUCAGGA